AUGGCCAGCACCGUCGUUCUAACGCCUCCGCCCCGGAACGACUCGCCUAGCAACAAGAAUUCCAAGAAGAGGGAAAGUGAUGCUACACCAGAAGGCAAGCCCAAGAGGACGCGCACGGGAUGCUUGACAUGCAGAGAAAGGCAUUUGAAAUGCGACGAGACCAAGCCUUGCUGCAACAAUUGCGCGAAGUCACAGCGCGACUGUAAUUGGGGCAAGAAACUCAACUUCCUUGACACUACAUGCGAGAAGAAUGCCUAUUUAAUUCCCAAGGGCGCGGAGUACCAGGUUGCCUUCCAGGACGAGUCGAGAAUCAUCGCGGCCGAGUACGUGGGCGGGCGAGAGAUGUAUCCUGCGGAAGAGACCGACGCGUACAUACCUAUGGCAGGCAAUGGCUUCUCUAUGGGACCACCUGAGGGUAUUGCACCUCCACCAGCUGCACACCAGCUAUUUCCUCCCAUCCAAGGCAUGGCUCAGGAGUCCUACCAACAGGCGCAACACUACAGCUACGAUCGCCAGCAAGUUCCACAACACCAUGUACGAACUCACUCCAACUACUCGAACUCGAAUCGAUCGCCGUAUGCCAUGGACCAUGGCGCGAGUCCAGCACCGGUCCCCACCCGCGACUACCUGAAGUCCCAAGAGGAAGUGCUAUACAUGCAGGUGUUCGUUGAAGAGAUAGGGAUCUGGAUGGACAGUAUGGAUGGGCAUAAGCACUUCUCGCGUCUGCUUCCAUUCCAUGCGCUGAAUGAGCCUAUGCUACUAAACGCUUUCUUGGCUUGCGGUGCUCGUCAUUUAGCACUCGUGAACCCCAAAUACAGCGAAGAGAAAGCGCUGCACUACUACGAUAUUGCGACACAAGACCUCCUACACUCCCUACAAGACCCGGACCGCGAUACCAUCCUCUGCGCGACCACGGCAGUAAUCCUGAAUGUAUACGAGAUCAUGGGCGAACGAGCAUUGCAGCGGAUGAACCACAUUGCUGGUGCUCGAGCCUUGAUCAAAGAGUGUCAGUGGAACGCACGGUCAAUCGGUGUUGGGGCAGCCUGCUUCUGGCUGAAUGUAGGUAUGGAGAUACUCAGCUGCCUUCACUUUAACUGGCAGGUGGCUUGGGACCCAGACGACUGGGGCAUCGAGCUGGACUUUUCGCCUGAGACCGAAUCAGGAAAAGAGGAGACCUGGACGCAUAAAAUUCUGUACAUCGUUGCAAAGAUCUGCAACUACCGCGCGUCCAUACCACGAAAUCCGGACAUUGCAAGGCAGACGCUACAAGACCGACACAAUGAGUGGCUUCGUCUGAAAGAUAUGACAGACCGAUGGAAUGAAGGCAUUCCGCGCACUAUGCAUCCUAUGGCAUACUUAUACCCAGGCCAAACGAUUUCAGGGUCGGCCUUCCCAGAAGUGUGGCUGAUCAAGCGAACCUCGAUCGUCGCGCGGCUUUUCUAUCACACCUGUCUGGUUCUGCUUGCCCAGAUCAAUCCCAUCCAAGGGUCUAACGAGCCAGAGAUGUGGAACAUGAUUGAGCAAAAUUCCAAGUUCAUCUGUGGUAUCAGCGCCCACGUCAAAGACCGAGGUGUUGCAAGUGUAGCCUUGCGUUCGCUGGCUAUUGCGGGCGAGUGUCUCACGGACCGAAGAGAACAGGAAGAAGUCCUGCAGAUCUUCGAUAAAAUCCGCCAGGAGACCGGUUGGCGGGUUGGGUUUGUUAACACCGAACUCAAGACAAAGUGGGGUUGGGACGCACAAGACCAGCAGUCGGCAAACGGACAUACUCAGGAUGCGAACGCUGCCUACCAGCAGCAACAAGCGCAUCAGGCUCAAGUCGUCGUUCAGCAGCAGAUGCAACACCCACCUACUCAGCCUCCCAUCAUACGGCCAAGGCCUCCACCGGGUUUUGGCAACCCACUUCUCGUCGCAGAUUUCAAUAUGCCCCAACAUCCUUAUCAGAGCCACUAUGUGCCAGCGAACUUCAUACAGCAACAACAACCUGCGACGCUUCUACAACCACCAAUUGCCAUUGCAAAUGGUUUCGGUGGACAUCAGUUCUAUUGA